CAAAACAAACGUCACUGGUUGAAUUAAUAGAUAUGAAAUGAACAUUUUACUUUACUUUUGCUAGUAAAAAAAAUAUGAAAAGACAACUUUGUAAUCCAAAAAGACAUCGCAAAAUACUUAAUCGUAACCUUGUUCAUAUAAAAUAAUCAUUCCAUUAAUUUAUGAAGAUAAUGACACUGUAUUAAAGAAAUAUAUGAGGUCAUAAUUAUACGGUUAUCACUAAAUAAACUAAAAUACAGACAUUGUUACAGUGUGUAACUGUGCUUCUUUUAAUAAAGUCGUAUUUUACAUCUAUUGGAGAUGAAGUUCGCUGAACAUUUAAGUGCUCAUAUUACGCCUGAAUGGCGAAAACAAUACAUCAAUUAUGAGGAAAUGAAAUCAAUGCUGUAUACUGCAGUAGAGGAAGCGCCAUCAGCGGAAAACGUGGAGCCAGAGGUGCUCUCCCGACAUUUUGCUAAUUUUGACGAAACAUUUUUCCACUAUAGCGAUCAGGAGUUGAAGAAAAUUAACACAUUUUAUUCAGAAAAAUUGGCGGAAGCGACACGCAAAUUUGCCACACUGCAAAGUGAAUUGAAAGCCCAAUUCGAAACUAUCAAGCCUAAGGGCGGUGGAGACAGUAAAAAGGCGCCAAUACCACGACGGAAGGUGCAAGAGCUGAAACUGGCGUUUAGUGAGUUUUACCUCAGCCUAAUCUUACUGCAAAAUUACCAGAACUUGAAUUAUACAGGUUUUCGGAAAAUAUUAAAGAAGCAUGAUAAGUUAUUAAAUCUAAGCAACGGUGCGCAAUGGCGAGCGGAACACGUGGAAUCAUCGCACUUCUACACAAACAAAGAUAUAGACAGAUUAAUAAGCGACACAGAAGCGACAGUGACAAACGAAUUAGAAGGUGGUGAUAGACAGAAAGCGAUGAAAAAACUGCGCGUACCACCUCUAGGCGAACAACAGAGCCCUUGGACUACCUUCAAAGUUGGACUGUUUUCUGGAUCUUUUAUAGUGCUGUUCAUUACUGUUGUUUUAUCAGCAUUAUUCCACGAAGGCGCUACAGAAAACUUCAAAACGGCCUUCAGAUUAUAUCGGGGUCCGUUCCUCUUAGUCGAAUUUAUAUUCCUAAUAGGCAUUAAUGUGUACGGCUGGCGAUCAUCUGGAGUCAACCACGUGUUGAUUUUCGAACUGGACCCCAGGAAUCAUUUAUCCGAGCAACACUUAAUGGAACUAGCCGCUAUAUUUGGGGUAGUAUGGGCCUUAAGUAUACUCAGUUUUAUAUACAGUGCAAGUCUGAGUAUACCGCCGUUUGUUAAUCCGCUGGCGCUCGUCAUAAUAAUGCUAGCGUUUCUGCUCAACCCAUUGAAAGUGUUUCGGCAUGAAGCACGAUUUUGGUUCCUAAGGAUAUGUGGUCGAAUUCUGGCCGCACCAUUCAUGCCUGUGCUGUUCGCGGACUUCUGGCUCGCGGAUCAGUGGAACUCGUUUGCAGCUGCCUUCCUCGAUUUCCAUUACCUGGUUGCUUUUUACAUCGCAGGCGGGGACUGGUUCCAAGUAAAUAACGCAUUCGAGAAGACCCGCUGGUAUAUAAUAACCCGUGGUUUAGUGAACAUAGUGCCCGCGUGGGCUCGCUUUUGGCAAUGCUUGCGCCGUUACCGAGACAGCCACGAGGCCUUCCCACAUCUGGUCAACGCUGGGAAGUACUCCACGACAUUUUUCGUAGUUCUGUUCCAAACUUUAAGGACAAUUUACAGUGACGCAUAUGCUGAUCCAUACGACAAUCCGUUCUUGUAUGCCUGGUUCGCGUGCCAGCUAGUCUCCUCGCUCUACACUUAUACAUGGGACGUCAAGAUGGACUGGGGCUUGUUUACCGUCGGACCGGCCGCUGAGAACAAGUUCCUCAGAGAAGAAAUUGUUUACAGUCCAGGGUUCUACUAUUUCGCGAUAGUUGAAGACUUUGUACUACGAUUCAUUUGGACGGUGUCCUUCAUACUUACCGAGAAUAAGUUCGUCAGUGGAGAGACUAUGACCUCAUUACUAGCGCCACUAGAAGUUUUUAGACGGUUCAUCUGGAACUUCUUUCGGCUAGAGAAUGAGCAUCUAAAUAACUGCGGCAAGUUCCGUGCCGUUCGGGAUAUAUCCGUGGCGCCGCUCGACUCCUCCGACCAGGCCGACAUCAUACGCAUGAUGGACCACCCUGACGGCGUUGUUAAUAGGUAUUACAAAAAAAAAAAUAACGCCAAAAAAGCUAAAGAGAGUGACAGGAAACCGUUAUUAAAGAAGGAAUCCAUGCAAGACCUACAGCUCGAGUUAGACUUGUCAUCCAAAAUGCUGUAACAAACUGUGAUAUGUUUAGAACAUAAAUCAUUUAUAGCCAAUGUUAUUAUGAAAUAUAGUAUUAUUUUAAUUAUAUUUUUUAAAAUCA